AUGAGUCUUCCUGAUUCUUCAUCGUGCCCCAAUGUUCCUCAUUCCAUUUGCGUUUGCUGUGAUGGUGGUACGAUGGGUUGCCUGGCGUGCCACUGCCCGAUGCGGGACCAAAUGAAAGACGACGAAUUAUCGAGUCCGCCAGAAGCGGUCUUGGAGUUGGAGGGCAGACACGACGUAGCUGACAGACGAAAAACGUCCGGAAUCGAGCCAGAGAGCUUGUUGACACUCGGCAAGAGUCCAAUCUUUUUUUCUACCGACUUGCAGGGACGUUAUCCAUCUCCACUUCGCCGACUUCGGAGACACCGGCCCUCUUUGGUGUGGCAUCUAUUCGGUCGAAGUGGCCGAUGUGAAGGCAAUAGUACACCUGACUGGUCCCUGUUCCAGGGAGCUGUAGGUCUGAAAUCCAUGGAGAUAUCAUGGUUGAGUAAACUGGCAAGACGCAGUUGGUCUUCCGGGGACAAACCUCCUUGUCUUGAAGUGAUUGAUCAUUUUGGCCGCAUCUACCAUCCGGUCAUUGUCACUCUCCUCAUGCAGUCAAGGUAA